AUACUUAAUAUUCAACUCAAUCUAUUUGGGGUGUUUCUGCUUAAUGUUUUGAUAAAUUAAUUUUGAGGAACUUCAACUUAAUUUUCUUGUUAGUAUAAUUUCUGCGUUUAAUUUAAAUAUAAAUUAUUUCAGCUCUAUUGCAUGCUUUAGAAAGUAUGGAUUCACCGUAUUAUCCACUCAGUGAAUCAUGUGCAAAAGCUCUUGGGGAUAAAAUGUACGACAAACGAAAACUUGCCGCUGGAGAAAUUGAAAAAACUGUUGUAGAACUAAAUAACAAAAAAAAUGUUAAUCAAAUAAAGAAAUUAAUUGAAGUCUUGGCAAAUAAUUUUGCGACUUCUAGAGAUCCUAACCGUCGAAAAGGUGGCUUAAUAGGACUUGCUGCAACAAGCUUAGGUCUCGGAAAAGAUUCAGAAAAAUAUAUCAACGAACUUGUUCCACCCAUAAUUACCUGUUUAGCUGAUGCUGAUUUACGAGUACGUUAUUUUGCUUGCGAGUCUCUUUAUAAUGUAGUCAAGGUUGCAAGAACAGCAAUCAUUCCACUAUUUCCUGAUAUAUUCCAAGCUUUGCUUAGAUUAGUAACAGAUCCUGAUCAAGCUGUAAAAGAUGGCAGUGAAUUGUUAGAUAGACUUUUAAAGGAUAUUGUUACCGAAUCAUCUUCCUUGUUUAAUUUAAAUCAAUUCAUACCAUUAUUACGCGAACGGGUAUACAUAAAAUCUUCUUUUGGACGACAAUAUGUUAUUUCCUGGAUAUCUGUUUUAAAUGCUGUUCCUGAGAUUAACAUGGUAACGUACUUGACCGAUAUAUUAGAUGGACUAUUUUUAAUGCUAGAAGAUAGUAUGAUAGAAAUUCACAGAAUGUGUGAAACCUUAUUAGCCCAGUUCUUAAAAUCUAUUAGACAAGAUCCAUCUUCUGUUAAAAUAAAGGAAAUACUUAUUUGUUUAAUUGGUCAUGCCCAGUCUACAAACGAACUUAUACAGUCAACAGCAAUUAACUGGAUUAAAGAAUUUAUUUCGAUAUUUGGUCCAGAAAUGAUCCCUUAUUAUAGCGGAAUAUUUACAGCAAUACUUCCUUGUUUAGCUUAUGAAGGAGAAUCAAAAAAAAAUAUACGGGACUGUGCUCUCGCUGUUAACAAAUCAAUGUUAGAAUUAUUAUCAACACGAGAAAGCAAAAAAGAAAAUAUUAAAAAGAUCGAUCUAGGUUCAGUAAUGGAAGUAUUGCGACAGUACCUCACCCACAACUCCGUUCAUACCAAAGUUGCUGUACUUAAAUGGAUACAUCAUCUUUUAACCGAAAUUCAAAGUGAGAUGUGCUCUCACGCUACUCAUCUGUUUCCAGUACUAUUAAAUAUUUUAUCUGACAGCUCAGAUGAGGUGGUACUUCAAGGUUUAACAGUUCUUGCUGAAAUAGUAAAUUCAACGCAUAUAAACGAAAGCGGGGACUUUAACAAAACCCACUACAGAAAAUUUUUACUUUCGUUAUCAAAUUUAUUUCACUCUGAAAAGCAGUUCUUGGAAAACCGUGGCAGUUUGAUAAUAAGACAGUUAUGUGUUCAUUUAAACGCUGAAUAUAUUUAUCGGACAUUUGCUGAAAUAAUCGCUGAAGAAAAAACAAACAUAAAAUUUGCUUCGACAAUGGUUCGAUCGCUUAAUAUGAUCUUGCUUACAUCGUCGGAACUUUUUGAUUUAAGGCAAUCUUUAAGGGAUAUUCGAAAUUCAAAUUCAGCAUCAUUGUUUAAGUGUUUAUACAAAAGUUGGGCACAUUGUCCAAUAUCAGUUCUUUCCUUAGGAUUAUUGGCUCAAAGUUAUCAACAUGUCUCGGAUUUGGUGGUUUUAUUUGGAAAAAUAGAAAUUACUGUAGAAUUUUUAACAGAACUAGAUAAAUUGGUUCAGUUAAUAGAAUCUCCUAUUUUUGCUUCUCUUAGAUUGGUUUUGGUUUCGAAAUCAAAUCAAUGUGCGGAUGCUCAGCAUCUAGCUCAUGCUUUGUUUGGUAUAUUAAUGCUUAUGCCUCAAACAGAUGCAUUUAUGUCUUUAAAAAAUCGAUUGCAGUGCGUUCCAAAUUAUUGGGGUCAAUCGCCAUUGAAAGAUGAAUUAUCUAUUCAAAGUCAAAGCCAAAUUGAUUUUGAUGAGCUGCUGCAGCACUUUCAGAAAAUACAGCAAAUGCAUCGAGAACAAAGAAUCACAUCUAGAAAACGUAGUGUAUUAUUGUGGGAUAGCGAAGUUAAUAAGGAAUAAUAAUACGUAAUUAAUGUGUUACCUAUAUAACACAAGAUUUAGAUUUUUUUUUUUUGUGAAGUUGAACUUACAUAAUUAUUCAUUUUUUCUAUUCAAUUCCAUAUUGUUAUGUUAGCGCUUAUUUGUAACAACGCUACACUUUGAAAGAGACAUUUACAUGUAAAUGCAA